CCCCUCCCUUGCUCCAUCCAUCCCCAGCAGCAGCAAGCAGCAACCAUCUUAGCUAGCUUCUCUCUCGAGCUCUAGCUGCUAGUAGCUAGCUGCUGUUGAUCGUCGACACAAGUAGCCAGCCAGCAGCUAGGCCAGGUAGCCCAGCAGCCGAUCAAGGAGGGAAGACAUCGGGAGGAAGAAAUCGUGAGGAUGUCUGGCGUGUGGGUGUUCAAGAACGGGGUGGUGCGGCUGGUGGAGAACGGCGCGGCGGGCGGCAGCGAGGCGGUGCGGAAGCGCAAGGCGCUGGUGCACACGCCGAGCGGGCAGGUGGUGCGGUCGUACGCGGAGCUGGAGGCGGAGCUGCGGGCGCUGGGGUGGGAGCGCUACUACGAGGACCCGGCGCUGUACCAGUUCCACAAGCGGGGGUCCCUCGACCUCAUCUCCCUCCCCGCCGACUUCGCCAGGUUCUCCUCCGUCCACAUGUACGACAUCGUCAUCAAGAACCGCGAAUCCUUCAGGGUCAUCGACAUCUGAAUGACUGAAUUCUCAUCUCUGAUCCGAUCCGCCAUUGCUGCUGCUGCCGAGCGAGCUUCAUUGUUCGUUCUCUGAUCGAUCGACGAUCCACGCAGCGUGCAUGCAUGGUGAUCUGAUCUAGGUGACCAUCUCAUCAGUAUCCAUGCAGAUUAUUGCUAAUUAGUUGUGACUGCUAGUGUGACAGCCGUUGUCGUCGUUUACGUCAGUGACAGUGAUCGAGGUUGCAUUGCUAGAUAUGUUUUGCUUAAUUUCUCGAUGAAGUGUGCGAGUGUUCAUCAGAGUGCGUGAGACUGAAUGAGUUGUAGUUGCUCAAGACCGGUCCUGUGACAUCUGGGAGUGCUGUGCGUCGUAGUUGCUCAAGACCGGUCCUGAUGUAAUGUGCUCUCAUGUGACUGUAAAUUUAUCGUUUGUGCCAGUGAGACCCAUACUGUUAACUGCAAUGCAUUUCCAUUGCAUUAUACACAUGCAUGAUAUAUCAAAUGGAGCGUGUGAAAUUGUGUAAUAAA